UUGUGCUACAUCGGACAUGACCAAGCAGCAUCGCAAGAAACGCACGCAUGUCAAGCUGAGCGAGGAGGAGAUUGCGGGCGUCCCGCGCUCGUUCGUCAUGCGCAAGGGCCCUGUGGGCAAGGCAGUGACGCGGCUGAUGCUCGACAUGCGCCACGUCAUGGAGCCGUACACUGCGCUCAACUUGCGAGUGCGCAAGCGGAACACGCUCAAGGACUUUGUCAGCGUCGCUGGUCCCAUCGGCGUCACCCACUUUCUCAUCUUCUCGUCGACCGACAUUGGCACGUACCUGCGCGUCGUCCGUCUCCCGCGUGGCCCGACGCUGAGCUUCCGCAUUCACGCCUACUCCCAUGCGGCGGACGUCCUUGCGCUCCAGAAAAACCCCCAUCCACCAGGAAUGGAGUUCAAGACCUCUCCUCUGCUCGUGCUAAACAACUUCAAUCACGAUGGCAUCCAGUACAAACUCAUGACGACCAUGUUUCAAAACAUGUUCCCAUCCAUCAACAUCGAGACUGUCAAGCUGUCCAACAUUCGUCGAUGCGUCUUGCUCAGCUACAUUCCGGAAACCAACCGCAUCGAGUUCCGCCACUAUGUGCUCACUACGCAACGGGUGGGCGUCAACUCUAGUGUCAAGAGCCUGCUGGAGGCCGAUAUUCCCGAUUUGUCAAAGUUGGAAGACAUCAGCGAGUUCCUUUUGCAACAAGUGUCUGCGCAAGACGGCGACGACGAGGCUGCGCAAAACCCCGCCGAUCCGGCAGCCACCAUUUCUCAAGAGCACACGACACGCAAAGGCGCAGUGGUUGCCACCCAGUCCAGCAUCAAGCUGGUUGAAAUCGGCCCGCGUAUGACCAUGUCGCUCUUGCGCGUCGAGCAAGGCGUGUGCGAUGGCGACGUUAUUUACCAUCAACACAUCAAGAAGACAGCCGCAGAACUCAAGCAGCUCAACCAACGACGCGCUCAGGCAAAGAAGCUCAAGGCCGACCGCAAAAAGCUACAAGAAUCCAACGUCGAGCGCAAGAAGCAAGAGCGCCAAGAAAACCGAGACCGUUCCAUGGCCGGCAUCGAGCGCAAAAAGAAAGAGUGGGGCAUCGCUAGCAAGAAGUCUGAGAAUGACGACGAGUAUGAGACCGACGACGAUGUCGAAGCUGAUGCUGCCAUGGGCGACGACUCGAUGGCCACCAGCACGUACGAGGAGGACGAGGACGAUGAUGCAGCGUGGUUCCGCAAGGAGGUUGGCGUUGAGCCCGACGCAGACUUGUUUGGGCGAACAGCUCGCGGCCGCGGUGCAGGGCGCGGUGGCUCCAGAGGGCGCGGUGAUGGCUUUGGCGGCCGUGGCGGCCGUGGCGGCUUCCAAGAUCGCGGCAUGAAGCGGCAAGCCGAUGACUUUGAUCAAUCAGACAGCAAACAGCAAUUCAAGAAGCCACGCACGUCCGACUCUGGCGAUCGCGAGCGUGACGGACCUCGCCGCGGUGGACGUGGCGGCGCAGGCGGCUCCUUCCGUGGUCGCGGUGGUGCUGGUGGCAGCAGCGGCAGCGGUGGUCGCGGCCGUGGUGGCUUUGGCGGACGUGGCCGAGGCGGCGCGGGCCGUGGCGGCAGCAGUCGCGGAGGAGGCCGUGGUCGUGGUUCUGGGCCAAGGCGAUGAGCUCAAAGUGUGUUGUUGUUGCUGUUGUUGUUGUUGCUGUUUCAAUGGAAAUUUCGUACCCCAAAUUUCAAACUCACGAUUUGUCCAUGACCAAAAAUUACACUUGUACUAAAACAAUGAUGAUUGAC